GGAACUCUUCUGUUUCCGGUUUACAAUGUCGACCGCAUGGCUGCGGCUCUGCAACACUUAUGUUUUUAUUGUUUAAAUACCUGCUGCUGACCACAGUCUUUUUACCAUUACAUUACAUCAACAAUAAAGAUUUAAACCUUUAUGUUGUGUGUGGUUAACUGGCUGCAUCCUAAGGCAAAGGCAGCACAGUAAAAAGACUCACUCCAGCAAACUGAAGGCAAGUGCAUCGUCACGUCACUAGGACACAGACACCGCUACAGCCUCUUUCAUCAACUACUAAGCAAUGGCAACCAAAGACAAAGACACGGAAACAGAUACGAAGCAUGAACUAGAUAGUGAAAGUCAUUCAAUCGAUGAAGAAUCCAGAAUCAGAGCUUUGACUGGAAAAGCUACUCAAGUGUACGAGGACAAGGUCAAGCACUAUACUGUUGAACUUUCCAUUUUGUGGGAUCGUGUAGACUAUAUGAUACAAUGUGUAGAGAAAAAUAAGGGUAACCUGAACAGUCUCCUGGAAAUGGAGAAAAAGUUAUUCCAAGAUAUUGAGAAUUUUGAUCAGUUUUCACAAGAAUUCAGAGAAUAUCUCACAAGAACAAGAUCCCAUGAGAGUGUUUGUGAACGCCAAAGACUUGAUUUCCUUAAGAAAGGAUAUGACUUACUGAUACAAAAUGCAAAACGAAAUCUAAAGAAAUACUUAGAGGAGCAGCAUAAAAAGGAGGAAAAGUCAGAAUAUUCCUACCGCUCGAGGACGACUUCAACCAGGAGUAGCCAAUCAUCUAUCAUCGCUAGAAAGUCCGCAAAGGCUGAGGCAGCAAAGGUCAGUUUACAGUUCGCCAAGGAGGCAGCAGAAUUGAAGAAAAAGCAGGCCUUGAUUGAGCAACAAUAUGCAUUAGAAACCGCCACAGCCAAAGCACACGCGGAGAGACAGAAGGUUGAGACUCAGGCUAAACUUGAGUUACUGAAAAAAGAACAAGAGGCAGCGGAGGCCGAAGCGGAAGUAAGUGUAUUGAGGUCGUUUGACGGAGACGAAGACGCUUCGCACAGAUCGCUACCGUCCCUGCCGGAAAGCGAUUCCCACACAAAGACAAAAGAUUAUGUAGCAAAUCUCACAAUUGUUCCUCCUCAGGACUUCGUCAAAAGGACAAGUGACCAACAAACUUCUAACAUGGAUGAUAUGGUCGGUAAUCACAAGACAUUCGGGGACCUCUAUCGCAGAGACAUUCACAGAGAGCUACACUCUGUUCCUCCAGCUAGCGCUCACCCCGUGGGUGUACCACAAGAUUUUCUAGCCAGUUCAUCCUUGAAUCCUGAAGCGCCAUCUUAUAAACCGACCAACCCAAGCCUAUCAUCGGAUUUCACAAAGUUCCUCCUCAAGAAAGAUCUCCUUCUAACUCGUCUAACUACCUUCAAUGAUAAACCUGAGACCUAUGCAUCCUGGAAAAACAGUUUUAAAAACAUAAUGGAGGAACUGGGAGUUACUCCAGUGGAAGAGAUUGACUUACUUGUCAAGUGGCUGGGGAAAGAUUCACAAAAGUACGCUCAAUCCCUAAAAACCUCCACAUCAAACGAUCCUAUAAGAGGUCUUCAUCGUAUCUGGGACAGACUGGAUGAAAGGUUCGGAGCUCCGGAAAUGGUUGAGGCAGCCUUAAAGCACAAAGUUGACAGUUUUGCGAAAAUAACCUCUAAGAACUUAAAGUCUUUGUACGAGUUGACUGAUAUUUUGAGUGAAAUAGAAUCAGUGAAAGAAGACACUAAGUUCAGCACUCUUCUGGGAUAUUAUGAUUCAUCAUCGGGUGUUACCCCCUAUCGUCAGAAAACUCCCCAUAAAUCUCCAAGAAAAAUGGACUACAGCGGCUGUCAAGUACAAUGA